ACCAUUGCCAAACGCCCACCGCAUCAACUAGACUGGCCUCGAAAGUGACUGAAACUGUCGCUCGUCUGCAUUAAUUAGCAACCCGGCUUUAUUACCAGCACUGCAUUGUUAUUUUUGCCUUUCUUUCUUUUGCACCACCGAUACCUGGGCCAUGUUCCAUUCGAGCAACAGGAUGUUAAAAAAGUACCGGCUGCCCCGUGAACAGCCCGCUAACGCGCCACCAUCAACGGCGCCAGAUGUCGCAGCUCCUACAAGCGUCCCCAGGGCCUUUGGGCUACGGAGUGGAUCCCAGGAGACCCCCCUCGGCCCCGGACGCAACCUCACCCCGCCCACUGAUCGGGGCUCUUUCGCGUCCACCAAGAGCACGCCCGAGACCGUGUCGUCGAGCCACCGCUCCUCGGCCACCGGCGCCGUCCCAGACGAGUCGCCUCCGUGGGACCGGAGCGUUGAUGUGUUCUGGACAAGGCGGAAUUCCACUCUGGAUAACAAGGUGUGGGAUGACGAACUUGCCUUUCAGGAGAACUGCGUGCGGCUGGCUGGGGAGAGCGCCGUGCCCGGUUCCGACGGGACAGGUCGAAGAAGGGACGUGUCGAAGAAACACGACUGUCGCUACUUUCGGCUGCCCGACCGGGUUCGGUUCAUGAUCGCCAAGUACGUUGUCGCAAGCCAUGACAGCGGCAAGGCCAUCCGCUUGAACAGCCCUUUGUUCUUCCACCCCGUCUGGCCGGUCAACAGUGGCGCCGAGGGCGAGCGGUACUGGUCGACGGAUUACUUUGAUAGCCUUGGGAAGGUUCUGGUGCUCCUGCGCGGCGCCGACGCGAAUUCCCUACUGCGCCGAUAUCCACCUGUCCGUGCUUGACUCCCUCAGGAAACUGGAAGGCAUCGUCGACAGCAUAUGUAUUGUAGGGACCAACAAGGUGUACGCCAACCAAGUGGUUCUGGCCCUGUGGGGUAAGGAUCGGCCGCCCAGCCGGCGAGACAUUGUCAAGUACUGCCACUACCGCACACCGUCCUGUGUGUAUCCCUUCACGCCGGGCCAGAGCUCGGCCGUCGACUACGGCCCCUCGCACGGCGUCACCAUAGUCCGCCAUGCACAGGACCCGCGCGAGUGGCGGGGCCUAUA